AUGAACUGGCGACUUCCUGCGGUUUCCAGUCUCCGCAAAUAUUCGGAUACAGAUGACCCAGAACACGGCUACCUUGACUUUCAAAUCCAUGACGACGACAUUUACGCAGAUCCUUCUAGACUUCUUUUCUUGGCGUCAACUUCUACCACCACACUCGUCGUAAUCAAGUUCACCCGCCGAUAUUGUGCUGAGCUGCAUGCACUGUGUGCGAAGCUUGGUCGCGCACCUCAGCUUCUCGCGUUUGAACGUCUCCCUGGGGGUUGGUUUGGUGUCGCCAUGGAUUAUAUUUACCCUAUUUCUAUCACUUUUGACAUUAAUUAA